GACAACAGUGAAUCGAAUACAGGCGAGCUGGAAGGAUUUAACGCACUCAGGAUACAGAUUUUUAUGAAUCGUGUUUACGAAAGUUAGGUUAUGGCAAACUUAAACUUCCAACAACCGCCCAGAAGCAUACCGAGCAGUGUGUCCUUAAGCGGGAGAGGAGGAGGUGGAGGCGGUGGCGGAGGAGGCAACAGUAGUGUGGUGGGCGGAGGUGCCGGAGCAUUCGGCAGUAGUGGGUUGGCCGGUGCCGGAGGACAUGUUACCCCAACGUCCGGUAUGUUUCCUUCGGUGGUCGGAGCAAGCGGCGGCCCUUUCGGACAGAAUGCUACCCCUCCUUCGCAGCAAAGCAAUCAAUCCUCAUCGUCGGUGGCACCCCUCUCGCCCAGCUCGAACGGAGGAAGCGGAAACCCCCGGUCGGGUGGUGGCGGUGGAUCGGGCGUUAUGGGUGGCACGGUCGGACCGAACGGUGGCGGUGCCGGGCUCGCUAGUAACGGUCCCAAUAGUAGCCAGCAGCAGGGGCAACUGUCGUCCGCGAGCAGUGCGUUGUCGGGCGGUGGCCGAAGUAGUAACCUGUUUGGUGCGGGAGUCGGCGGACAGCAGCAGCAGCGAGGAGGUGGUGGCGGUGCGGGUAGUGGCUCGGGAGGCUUCGCAGACCGAAGGACACUGUCUGGGCUCAGCGGCACAUCGAUGUCCAAUAUGGUUUCGUUUAUGCAGUCGCGAGGAUACGGAUCUCAAAGUGGGAAUAGCCUCAACAACUACCACGGUGUGUUCGACGGCGGUGCGGCGGAAACUGGCACACCGCCACUGCUCGAUCUCUCCGAAUUUCCUUCGCUCACGAACGCACGCGGUGGCCAAAACGAUCAAUCCCUGCCGCAGUCGAACGCGCUGCAACCUCCGGGCAGUAAACCUUACGUUGGCAUGGUAAAACAACCGACGUCCGAACAAAUUGCGUUUACGAUGUCGAAUGAAGACUUUCCAGCGUUGCCUGGCACGCAGAACGCGGAAGGAAGCCAGAUGGGUGCGGCCAGCCAAGGUCUGCAAGGCGUCCACCAUCAUCACCAUCCGGACCAUCACGGUGGGACGGAUAGUUUGGGCGGCAAGGGCGCUGGCGGUAGUGGACCGGUGGGUAGUGCGGCAGGCAUGGGCAUGGACCUGCAGAGUGAUUCCGGCAAUUCCAACAUUAACAUGGAUAAGGGGGCGAUGAAGCGAGGCGUACAAACAUCACCCAAUGGAACGGUAACAAACAUCCCUGCCAGUAUGGUGAAUAACCAGUUCGGUAUGGUGGGCCUACUAACGUUUCUUCGGGCAGCGGAAACGGAUCCCAACCUGGUGACGCUAGCGAUGGGCCAGGAUUUAAUGGCACUGGGGUUGAAUCUGACCGCGGUGGAAAAUCUGUACCCGUGCUUUGGUGGCCCGUUCGCUGAUGCGCCCGCGAGGCCUCAGGAUAUCGACUACCCUGUACCACCAGAGUAUUUGAUCAACAUGUCAAUAAGGGACAAGCUGUCGAAGCUAACGAUGCAAAAGUAUAAGGAAGAUCUAUUAUUUUAUUUAUUUUACACGAACGUUGGUGAUAUGAUGCAAUUAGCAGCGGCUGCCGAACUGCACAGUAGAGAUUGGCGAUAUCAUACGGAGGAAAAGGUGUGGAUAACCCGUGUGCCCGGCAUGACACCGUACGAAAAGAAUGGCACAAUCGAACGUGGCACGUACUACGUCUUCGACGCGCAAAAUUGGCGAAGAGUGCCAAAAGAAUUUCAAGUGGAUACAGUGAAGUUAGAUAAAUGUCCAAACAUAAGUGCUUACGUUACGAUGAGUGGACAGCCUGUAUAAUAUUUAUUAAUUUGUAAUUAAACCAGAAAAUCACGGUCAGAAAA